GUUUCAAGCAAGCUCGUAAAUCACCAGUUAAAAAUUCAAGCGAUAAUGCUUGGAUAAACGAGCGAAGAAAAAAAAAAGGACAGAUAAAAAAGAGAAGAAAAAAAAUUGGUCAACGGUAAAUGGUCUCAGUUGAAUAUUCUUUGGACACCUUGCUUUUCUUCGUUUACCCUCUCCUAUCAUCUUUAUUAUCGGUGAUGGUUACACGAGGAAGGAAAGCAGAAAUCUUGCAUCAGUCGUCGAUCGAACUUCGCACGAGCAUCGUUGAACCGUUUGUUCCUUCUCUUUCACAAAAUCAAAGAGUCCAGGAAAAAGAAGACAAAGACGAAAACGAAGAACAAGAAAAAGAACAAGAAGAAAACGAAGAAAUCAAAAUGAUCCUACCAAGUCUGUUCAUUAUCACUUUGUCAAUCCUCUUCUAUUGUAAUGCAGCACCGGCUACUUACGAUCAACGACAGGAUGGCAAAAUGAAUGUUCGUGCCGAUUUAGAUAAUUUCUUCUUCGUUUUCGUAACCAAGGGAUCCUUGUUCAACGAUCUAUCCUUUCUCGAUUUCAAAUCCAUGGCGAGACAAUUGAUGGUCGGUCAGAAAAAUAAGAUAGACAAACAGGACGAGCCAAUAUCGUUAUUAACGAACGAGAACGUAAGUGAAAAUGUUAAAACUGGCAAACCUUACAAGGUCGACAUCGUAAGGAUUCCAAAGAACAACAAUGAGAGUCUUCAGGAUUUGAAAGAAUUGGGAAAGCAGGACGAACGUUUGAACAAUCAAAAAAACGAAGAUCUUGAGUUGACCGAUCAACUUAACAACUCACAAUCUCUUUCUGAGAAUUCAUCAGGAUCUGCGUUGAAGCAGGAGGUCGAAAGGACAUCGUCCGGUCAACAGGACUCGGCUAACACGGUGAACAAACUUCAAUGAACGAAACUGCAACGUAACGACAGAUCGACUGUUGACCCUAUCGUUUAGAAUAAUAUUAGGAUAGAACAUGUUUUUAUAUUUAAUUAUCUCGUCUGUCUGUUCUUGGGUAUAUUGAAUUGGAGUCUUGCAGUUGUUGUGGGAAGGGUGGCAGAAGGGUUGGGAGGUGGAGGGGGAAGGAAAAGGUUUUUUUUUUUACAGAUAGCUUUAUUGAACUCGAACGAAAAACAAUUACAUUGUAGAUCCGAUUAAAUAAAAGGAUCUAAUCGUCUAUUGAUAAAUAUGU